GCAGAGGAGGGCUCAGCGGAGCCGCCACAUGGAGGAGGGACGACGUGAGCGGAUUAGCAGCUCGGUGGACUUUAAAAAGAAGCGCCGGCGCCCAGAGAGUCACUCCACCAGGAACCCACAGCAUCACCGAAUCUUCAGAGCAACGCUCCACCACAGCAACUAAACAAAAAUGGCAGACGUCGCAACUCCCGCUGACAAGAAGGCCCCACCCAAGUUCAAGCAGAGGACAGCCCGCACCUUCAAGAGCAAGGCCCCCAAGCCAGGCCAGAAGGGAUUCGGGGACGACAUCCCCGGCAUGGAGGGCCUGGGCACAGACAUCACCGUGGUCUGCCCAUGGGAGGCCUUCGGCGACAUGGAGCUCAGCGACCUGGCCAAGUACGGCAUCGUCUAGCCGUCUCUCUCCCGUUUUCCUCUCCUUCCUGCACCCCCCCCGCCUCCUGUGGUCCUACUAUUGACGGAGAAGCAUAUAAUCUUGCUGUAAUAAGGAGGCAGCAUUUAAUGUUGUAAACAUUUCACCUGGAAAAAAAAACAAAAGAAAAAGAAAUCCCGCACCCUCAUGCACUUUAUUUUUUUCCCUCUUCCUUCGUCCCAGUUUCCAUCACCCUUUUCUCAUCCCUCUCUCCCUCUCUCUCCCAUCACUUAAACCAGUGCUUUUUAGCCCAGAAGGGAAAAUAAACAACAAAUGGAAUUCUGUAUUUUCUUUUCGGAGGAUUUGAUUUCUGUUAUUUUCACCUCCUUCCUGCGAAACUGCUGAUUCAACAUGCACAGAUGUCUCUUUCUUGUUGUUCUGCUAAAAUCACAUUUUGUUUUCAUGAGAAAAAUCUAACUCACUUCAUGCUUCAACAAAUAAGAUCAACUCUGUUUCCCAGUCGAGAGAAACCAUUAUGUGAGAAAGCAAUAAAUGUUUGAAUAUUUUCCACAGAACAAAUGUCUGUGUGUCCACAUCAACGUGUAAGUGUAUAACAUCCAGGUUGUUAGACAAAUGAAAGUGCUGUAGACUCCGUCAAGAACAUAAAAUGCCGAUUCUGGCCAAAACGUUA